GCAUUCCAUUCAGCUGGCCGACAUUAAUUAGACAAGCCAGCGAAAAAACGGCAGGACAUAAACCCCCUUCCGCAGACAAGGCUGUCCAAUCAUACUGCUUAGAACACGGAGCAAUGGCCGCGGCCUCUGUUUGCGCACCGCCUCUCCCGGCGGCGAAGAUCCUCUUUCGAGCGCGUCGUGAAAUGCGCUUCAGUCUUUGUCUUUCGAGCACGGUAGAUCUCUCCAUUGCAGCCAUGGGGUUAAUGUCGAGACCAAGGGUUUUGAAGGUCCGCGCCGCAGGUGUAGAUACUACUCAUGGCGAGACGUUGGGAUCAAUGGAUGAUUCUGUCCGUGCCAGGGCUAGAAACCCGGUGAAAAGACAUACAAUUUCAGUGUUUGUUGGAGAUGAAAGUGGAAUGAUUAACAGAAUUGCUGGAGUCUUUGCUAGAAGGGGAUAUAAUAUAGAGUCACUUGCAGUUGGUUUAAACAAGGACAAAGCCUUGUUCACAAUAGUUGUCUCCGGCACUGAAAAAGUGCUGCAGCAGGUUGUUGAGCAGCUUCAUAAACUUGUAAAUGUGUUGAAGGUUGAAGAUUUGUCAAAGGAGCCUCAAGUAGAACGAGAGCUGAUGUUAGUAAAACUCAGUGUUGAACCCGGAAGUCGUCAAGAGGUUAUGGGUAUGGUAGAUAUCUUCAGAGCAAAAGUUGUUGAUGUUUCAGAACAUUCAUUAACCAUUGAGGUGACUGGUGAUCCUGGGAAAAUGGCUGCUGUCCUUCGGAAUUUGAGGAAAUUUGGAAUAAGAGAAAUUGCUAGGACAGGCAAGAUUGCUUUGAGGCGUGAAAAGAUGGGAGAAAAUGCUCCAUUUUGGAGGUUUUCGGCGGCAUCUUACCCUGAUCUUGAAGGGAUAAAGUCUUCAAGUUCUUUUCUCGCGUCAAGGAAACACACUAUCAAUGUUGAUACAGAUCUUUCUUCCAGUGGAGAUGUCUAUCCGGUGGAGCCAUUUGAUAACAUUCAUGUAAGUCAAGUCCUUGAUGCACAUUGGGGAGUUCUUGAUGAUGAAGAUUCAAGUGGCCUUUGUUCCCAUACAUUGUCCAUUCUUGUGAAUAAUUAUCCUGGAGUUCUCAACAUUGUGACUGGCAUCUUCUCUCGCAGAGGUUACAAUAUUCAGAGCCUUGCUGUUGGUCCAGCUGAGAAAGAAGGGACAUCCCGAAUCACUACAGUUGUUCCUGGAACUGAUGAAUCCAUCAGCAAAUUGAUUCAACAGCUCUACAAGCUCAUAGAUGUUUAUGAGGUUCAGGAUAUUACACAUUUACCAUUUGCUGAAAGAGAACUGAUGUUAAUAAAGGUUGCUGUUAAUACCAAUGCACGGAGGGACAUCCUUGACAUUGCUGACAUUUUCCGUGCCAAAGCAGUUGAUGUAUCUGACCAUACAAUCACACUCCAGCUUUCUGGAGAUUUUGAAAAGAUGGUAGCAUUGCAGAGAUUAUUGGAGCCCUAUGGUAUUUGUGAGGUAGCAAGAACUGGCCGUGUUGCGUUAAUACGCGAAUCUGGAGUGGAUUCCAAAUAUCUUCGUAGCCUCUCUCUCACGCUGCAGUAAGAGUCGUCAAUUUUAGAAGCCUAUUUAAAAAUGGAGCAUAUUUAUGUAACUUAUUUGUUUAAUAGUUCUUUAGCUGAGAAAUCAAUUAUCUAAAUUUCUGGAAGAACUCUAAGUCCUGUCCAAAACUUCAUUAUUAUUAUAAUUUAUAGGAUUAGGCAUUAUCCCGUGGAAAAAACUGGGUGAAGAUAUCUUAAUCUAUGUUCAUUAAGGAGUUGAUUGGUUUGAUUUUGAAUUUGGGUUUAUAUAUGUACUAAUCCUAUAAAGCUGUUAGCUAAUGGAAAUCCUUAUAGUUUAAGGGAAGGUCGGAAGGAAGGCCAUUAAAAUAAAGUUUAUAA